AUGCCAGCAGGCGUACAGUCCCUCAUUGUUGCCCGCAAAGUCCUGCUGACCAUCAAAAAGAUCGACAUUAUCCGCGCAAUUGGCCCAGCCAUCCAUCCGAGCUCUCUUCGUCCACAUCCAUUGGCGAUGGCAACUGGCAUGGAGCUUACCGCCCGCGUCGAGGACGUGGACGAAGAGAGCUCACCGCCCGCGUUGAGGACGUGGACAAGGAGAGCUCACUGCUUGCAUCAAGGAUGUGGACUUAGGGAGCUCACCGCCCGCGUCAAGGACGAGGAGCACGGCAGCUGCAACGCCGAGCUCAAGAAGACAAUAUCAUGGCUUUGCAAACUGGUCAAGCGCCUCCAGGUCCGAGACAGGCAGUUCUCAGACUUUGUCGAACCCAAGUUCCGCAAGACAAGUGAUGUGCCCAAGAACACCAGCAAGCUCUUCUUGCGCAGGACUGCUGAGAAGUUGGUUUCUAUGUACAAGCAGUACUGCAUUGUUGCAAACCUUCCAAAGGUGGAGAAGCACCUCCUGAGGGUGUUCAAGCUCUUUAUCGCCAACCUGACGGAUUGCUUCGAUCAUCCAAAGGAGGUGCUUGGAUGGAACCGCUUCGCAGCUCUUGCCAGCCUGGUCAGGGCUCCGGAAGCUCGCCGACGGGUCCAGCUUCACCGCGCCAACGGAUCCAACUUCACAAGUUCUGAUGAUGGUAGCAACAGAGACGACAAUGAGGACCGCAACAAGAACCAGGACGACCGGCGCUUGAAAGCGUCUGAACGGAGCGACAACAAACUUGCCUUGGACCCGAUGCUCAACUAG